UCUUUAGAAAAUCCACUGGGCACUGGCAAAGAGUUAAAAGAAAUAUAGUAUUGCGAUUUUCAUCAGAGAGAAGAACAAGAAUCUGAAAGACCCUGACACAGCCCCUUCUAUAUGUUAGAGAGAGAGAGAGAGAGAGAGAUUUUGAAGAAGGUUUCCAAUUUAGACUAAAGAAAAGAGUUUGUUUCUUUCUUUCCUUUUGAAAGUUGUGGUGGGUUGGUGAUUCUUAGAAGCAUUUUUCUCGGUUAGAAUUGAGAGAGAAAGAGAAAGGAGAAGUUUGAGGAUUAAGCUGCAUUGGGUUGCUUGCUGGAGAAAAAGGGACAAGUUUUGUAGUACCUGAGUCUUAAAGCCUCACGCAGAAGAUAGUGGGGACUAUUGGGUGGCUGUAAAUGGUAGAGUGCUGUGAAUUUCAAGGAAAGUCAAAGCAAUUUGAGCUCUAGUGAUCUUUUUGAUCAAAACUCAUAUCUGAAUCAUGGGAGAAGAUACUGGAAAUGGGGUUUUGGCUGAUGCUCGGUCAGCUGAGGAAUGGUUAUCGCAUGCACAAGAGCUUGUUCCCAUGGCACUUGUUAAGGCAAGGGAGGUGAAGGGGUUCCCUGGUAGGUGGAAGAUGAUAAUGUCCAAAUUGGAGCAGAUCCCUUCACGCCUAUCAGACUUGUCGAGCCAUCCUUGCUUCUCCAAAAAUGCACUCUGUAAGGAGCAAUUGCAGGCUGUCUCGAAGACAUUGAAGGAAGCAAUUGAAUUGGCAGAUUUAUGUCUAAAGGAGAAGUAUGAGGGGAAGCUUAAGAUGCAAAGUGAUCUUGAUGCGUUAUCAGGGAAAUUGGACCUAAAUUUACGGGAUUGUGGACUUCUGAUCAAGACUGGUGUACUUGGCGAAGCUACUUUGCCUUUAUCUGUUGUUGGCUCCUCAUCAGAAUCUGAGACUGCAACACAUGGCCAUCUAAAGGAACUGCUUGCACGGCUACAGAUUGGGCACUUGGAAGCAAAGCACAAGGCUCUUGACAGCCUUGUCGAGGUCAUGAAGGAGGAUGAAAAGUGUGUGUUGUCAGUUAUGGGGCGGAGUAACAUUGCUGCUUUAGUCCAGUUAUUAACAGCAACUUCUCCUCGUAUUCGGGAAAAGACUGUGACUGUAAUCUGCUCACUUGCAGAAUCUGGGAGUUGUGAGAGCUGGCUUGUAUCAGAAGGUGUUUUGCCACCUCUCAUAAGGCUUGUUGAAUCAGGCAGCACAGUUGGUAAAGAGAAGGCCACAAUUUCGCUGCAGAGAUUAUCAAUGACUGCUGAAACAGCCCGAGCAAUAGUCGGGCAUGGUGGGGUUCGACCACUAACUGAGAUCUGCCGAACUGGAGACUCUGUUUCACAGGCUGCAGCUGCUUGUACAUUAAAAAAUAUAUCAGCGGUCCCUGAGGUUCGACAAAUACUAGCUGAGGAAGGAAUUAUAAAGGUCAUGAUCAAUCUCCUCGAUUGUGGAAUUUUGUUGGGUUCCAAAGAAUAUGCUGCGGAGUGCUUGCAGAAUCUCACGGCCAGCAAUGAGAAUUUGAGAAGGUCUGUUAUCUCAGAAGGUGGAAUUCGGAGUCUUUUGGUAUACCUUGAUGGUCCUCUGCCCCAAGAAUCUGCAGUUGGAGCCUUGAGGAAUUUGGUUGGCUCAGUUUCUAUGGAAGUUCUGAUGUCACUAGGUUUCCUCCCUCGAUUACUUCACGUGCUUAAAUCUGGAUCGCUGGGUGCGCAACAAGCUGCUGCAUCAGCCAUCUGUCGAGUUUGCAGUUCAAGUGAAAUGAAAAAAAUGGUCGGUGAAGCUGGGUGCAUUGCUCUUCUUAUUACAAUGCUUGAGGCGAAAUCGAACAGUGCUAGAGAGGUAGCUGCUCAAGCCCUUUCAAGCUUGAUAACUGUUUCUCAGAAUUGCAGAGAAGUCAAAAAGAAUGAUAAAAGCGUGCCAAAUCUGGUCCAGUUGCUUGAUCCAAGUCCCCAAAAUACUGCAAAGAAGUAUGCAGUUUCCUGCCUCGCAUCUCUCUCUUCAAGUAAGAAAUGCAAGAAGCUUAUGAUAUCAUAUGGAGCAAUUGGGUAUCUCAAGAAGCUUUUGGAGAUGGAGAUCCCUGGUGUGAAGAAGCUACUCGAGAGGUUGGAAAGAGGAAAGCUUAGAAGUUUGUUCAGCCGGAAGUAGGGGAAGAAAUGAAAAUCUCUCUUUUUGUAUAAUAAAAUUUUCCUUUUCUUUUCUGUUUUUCUCCCCUUCUUGCAUGAUCUAUGUUUCAUUGUCUGUAUGAAACAAAUUGGCUAAUGAUAUGAAACCAAAUCUAUGCUAUCAAUGCUUUAUUAUUUAUUAAACGACAAGAUUCCCCUGCUCUUUCGAUC